AUGGAGAAUGUCAGAGAUGGAAAUCGAACACCCAUCGUGGAACUGAUCCUCUUAGGAUUUAGUAACAGCCCUGAAUUGCAGCCCGUCCUCUUCCUGCUAUUAGUGGUGAUUUACAUUGUGGCUGUGGCUGGGAACCUCCUCAUCAUUGUGCUAGUUGUGACUGAUCCGCACCUUCACACCCCCAUGUACUUCUUCGUGGCCAACUUGUCUGCUGUGGAGAUCUGCUACGUCUCCACCACCCUGCCCAGGCUGCUGGCCAGUCUCCUAACCGGGGACAGAACCAUUUCUCUACAGAACUGUAUUGUGCAAUUCGAAUUCUAUGGAAUCCUCUCCACUGUAGAAUGUCUGAUUCUCACGGCCAUGUGUUAUGAUCGGUACCUAGCGAUCUGCCACCCCCUCCGCUAUACCGUCCUGAUGAAUGGAAGGGUUUGCAGCCACAUGGUGGCAGGGUGCUGGAUAUUCACUAUUUCCUACGCCAUUAUGGUACAUAUUUUCAUUUUGCAAUUAACUUACUGUGGCCCCAAAGAAAUUGACCAUUUCUUUUGUGAUUUUGCACCAGUUAAAGAUCCGUUCUGUGGCGAGACACAAACUCUGCAAUGGCUGAUAUUUUUUUUUGCUGUAAUAUUCACUAUUGGGUUUUUUUUGUUUACCCUGACAACCUACAUUUGUAUCAUCACCACCAUCCUGAGAAUCCCUUCCAGCACCGGGAGGAAAAAGGCCUUUUCCACCUGCUCCUCCCACCUCAUUGUGGUUAUGGUUUACUAUGUGAGCAUAAUGACAGUCUUUGUGGUUCCACUGCUCAACCCUCCCGCAAUCCUGCACAAAAUGAUGUCAGUCUUGUACGUAGUCCUGAUCCCUUUGGUCAACCCUCUUAUCUACUGCCUGAGAAAUAAGGAGAUCCAUCAGUCCCUGAGAAAAGCUAUUCUGAAACUCUCUGCUUUCAGACACAGUCUGUAG